CUGUCCCUUUAGGCACCCUCGAUGGCCUAGGGACAAUUAAGUUAAUAGUUAUUUCUAAUCUUUACUUCAUUACAAAACUAUUUGAUUGAUUUUAGAUAUAUUAUGUAUUUUAGAGAAAAUGGCUGAGUUUAUAAAAGAAGAGAAUAUUAAAGAAGAAGAUGAGUUUUCUAACAAAGAACUAACUGUACAAAUUACUCCCGAGAAGUCAUGUACAGCCUUUGUACCAGAUAUACGUGCAACCUUUGUACCGGAUCCAUGUACAGCCUUUGUACCAGAAUCGUUUGAACCUUAUGAACCAGAACUACAAGUCAAAUUGGAAGAUUAUGAAGUGAAAGGUGAAGUUAUUUUGCAUGAUGAUGAUGAUGACCCUGUGCAAUCUAAACCAAAGAGACUAAGGUUAAAGAAACGGGAAGGUAAAAGACUUUACUGUGAUAAAUGUGAUUAUUCAGCAACAAGAUCAUUUAAUCUGAAGCAACACAUAAAGUGGCAGCAUUUAGGUGUCCGAUAUUCUUGCACUGAGUGUGAAUAUUCCGCAAACACUAAACGUACUCUAAAAAAGCACAUUGAUAAUAAGCAUAAAGAAGUUAGAUUUCCCUGCAGUGAAUGUGAUUAUGCUGCAACCGCAAUUAGCAGUUUGAAAAGACAUAUUGAGAGUAGACAUGAAGCAGCAAGCUUUCCCUGCAGUAAAUGCGAGUAUGUUGCAACUCAAAAAGCGACGCUAAAGGCACACAAUGAAAGUAGGCAUGAAGGCAUAAGAUUUUCAUGCAAUGAAUGUAAGUAUGUUGCUACUCAGGCAGGGAAUUUGAGAACACAUGUUGAUAGCAAACAUAAAGGGGUGCGAUAUCCUUGCUGCGAAUGUAAAUUUACAUCAACAACAUUAGCCUAUUUGAAAACGCAUGUUGAGACUUUUCAUGUAAUAGGAACUUACCCUUGUGAACAAUGUGAAUACGUUGCAACCCUAGUAAAAGACCUGAAGACGCAUGUAGAAAGUCAACACGAAGGAGUUCGCCACCCUUGUGACCAGUGUGAAUAUGUUGCGAACAAAGAGGUAAAUCUGAGACAGCAUAUUAAAACCAAACAUGAAGGAAUUACGUAUCCCUGCAGUAAGUGUGAUUAUGCUGGUAAUAAACCAUAUCAUCUAAAGAGACAUUAUAAAAGCAAACACAAAGAAGUGGAUUUGGCAGACAUGUUGUUUAUAAAAGAGGAGGAGAAUGAAGAAGUGCAGGAACAGGAGGAGAAGGAGAAUGCUGAGGUGCAGGAGCAGGAGGAAGAAGAGGAAGAGAAGCAGAAGGAUGAGGAGGAAGAGGAGAUGGAGCAGGAGGAGAAGGGGAUCGAACUGUCAUGUUAUGAUACAAUGACGUUUCCACUAGAAACAGUAAAAGAAGAAACAGAUAAUGAAUGAAUGAUUUAUUAAAAACGAGCAAAGUCAGAUUUUUAAGUUGUAAAACAUUUUGAAAGCUAAUUUUCAUUUUGAUUUCAUUUAUU